CAGCAACACUGUGAGGGAGUAAUGAGGGCAGUCUGGAGUUAUGGAAACACAGACGACACGGUAGAGAACGUUUCUCACGUUUCUUCGAGGAUUCGCGUACGGUUGAUGCCGCCUGGAGCUGGACAACCUGAUUCCUAAUAAAGUGUUGCAAUGCUCGAAUUCCGAACAGCACUUGUACAUUAAUUUGUAUCUGCGGUCCAGUGUUUGGAAGUAGAGCAGAGUAACACCGUCGCAGCGAGGAGGAAUUCCACCGCUCAUUUCGGAACCCGCGGUCCACGUCGUUUUGAGUUCAGAACAUAACCUGUUGCUCGAGUGCACUUUGGAUACGAACCUACUCAUCGUGCGCAGUCUGCUCGGUUCUAUGAGUGAGUGGGCUAUAAACACGGGAAAUAUAGAUUUGAUUGAUCUUAUUGAGGACUUGUAGUCUAGUCUACUAUUGGCGGAGAAAGUUGUAGGCUUCCCUAGCGUGUCGUGCAAGGCACCUUUAUUAUCAGAUAUGAGGGGAAACAGCGUGACGACAUAGCCACCAAACAUCGUCAAUGCUUUCCCAGAAGGGGAAAAACAACACUCAAGUUAAGUAUUGAAAGCAAUUUCACUCAAACAUGAGUUCUUCCUGCGGCAGAAAGUUAGAUGUGCUAUAUGUCUGUGUGUUUGACUUAUUCUUUCCAUGGAACUGAAAUUCGGAAAUUAAUUUAGGUAAUUUCCCCGGAGCGAGUUGUUUUUUUGGGGGGUAGCUUCAUCUCACGACACGUUGUGAAAAUAACGUGCACGUUUGGAGUUACGAUGCUGGUCUCUUGGAUCGCAUUUAUUCAAGCGGUCCUAACACUGCUGGUGAAAGGAGCCGACCAAUGGAGCCCCCGGGAGUCCUCUAACUGCGAGCUCAAUAAGAAACAAAGUGAUCUGAACUCUUUCCUGUGGACCAUCAAACGUAACCCUCCGUCCUACUUCUACGGCACGAUCCACGUCCCUUACACGCGUGUCUGGGACUUUAUCCCAGAGAACUCCAAGAAAGCUUUCCAGGAGAGCAACAUGGUUUACUUGGAGCUGGACCUGACUGACCCCUACACCAUCUCAGCCCUGACCAGCUGCCAGCUCCUCCCCCAGGGGGGAACCCUACAGGACGUUCUGCCCAGAGACAUCUACAGACGCCUCAAGAGGCACUUGGAGUACGUCAAGCUCAUGAUGCCGUUCUGGAUGACUCCUGACCAGAGGGGUAAAGGCCUCUACGCUGACUACCUGUUUAAUGCAAUAGCGGGGAACUGGGAGAGGAAGAGGCCUGUGUGGGUGAUGUUGAUGGUGAACUCGUUGACGGAGGCGGACAUUAAGACGAGGGGGGUCCCGGUGUUGGAUCUGUACCUGGCCCAGGAGGCAGAGAGGAUGAGGAAGAGAACAGGAGCUGUGGAGAAGGUGGAGGAGCAGUGUCACCCGCUCAACGGACUCAACUUCUCUCAGGUGAUCUUUGCCCUGAACCAGACCCUUGUACAGCAGGAGAGUGUGAGAGCAGGCAGUCUGCAGGGCUCCUAUACCACUGAGGACCUCAUCAAGCACUACAACUGUGGAGACCUCAACUCCAUCAUCUUCAACCACGACACCUCUCAGGUCCCCAACUUCAACAACGUGACCCUGCGCCCCAGCGAACAGAUAACGGCCCAGGAGAUAGACAGCUACUUCAGACAGGAACUGAUCUACAAGAGGAACGACAGGAUGGGGAACAGGGUUAAGGCUCUGAUGGAGGAACACCCUGACAACAGCUUCUUCUUCGCCUUCGGAGCAGGUCACUUCCUGGGCAACAACACGGUGAUUGAUGUGCUGAGGAGUCAGGGCUAUGAAGUGGAGCACACCCCUGCAGGGCAGCCCAUUAGCAGUCGAUCCAAAUCCUCAACCAACCAGACGGGUCAUUCUCCGGGCCAGAACCUGGAAGAGUCCCCUUACCUGGAGCUGUUCCUCCACGAAUUCCACGAUGAGGAGCAACAGCACCCUCUGCAGGACAACCCACUACCCAACAUACCUCGUCACUCCCCCAGCCUGGAGUUGAUGGACACCAUGGACCGCAAGCUGAAGAAGAAAGGACGUAACAAACAGAGGAAACAUCAGAGAAACAGACAGUUCAAUGACCUCUGGGUUCGCAUCCAGGAGAGCACCACAGUCCAGUCUCCUCCACCUCCGCUGGUGCGUAUCAUCAACGGUUACGUCACCGUAGGGCCUCACCACCAUGACCUUGAAAGAGGCCUCGCCCACGGCCACGGCAGAACCAAUCACCACAGGUGGUCGUCAGGCUGCUCCGCCUCCACGCCGCUGUCUGUCAUCUGGUUACGGUUAACAGUAUUGGUUCACACCUGGACACUGGUAGUAACUCUAGUCUAAAGUAUGAGGUUGUUGGUUAAACUUUUACACACAAACUGGAAGAAAAAUCCCUCAUCAAUCUAUUUCAAAAACACUGUAAUUCUGUAUACUGUUAACAGUGUUGGGUGACAUCUGGACUGCACAUCUAGUACAGGAGGAUCCUGGUUCAAAACCCUCCUGCUCUCAUCUGGACUGCACAUCUAGUACAGGAGGAUCCUGGUUCAAAACCCUCCUGCUCUCAUCUGGACUGCAGAUCUAAUGCAGGAGGUUACUGGUUCAAAACCCUCCUGCUCUCAUCUGGACUGCACAUCUAGUACAGGAGGUUCCUGGUUCAAAACCCUCCUGCUCUCAUCUGGACUGCACAUCUAGUACAGGAGGAUCCUGGUUCAAAACCCUCCUGCUCUCGUCUGGACUGCAGCACUAAUGCAGGAGGUUCCUGGUUCAAAACCCUCCUGCUCUCAUCUGGACUCCAUUAGCAGAUCUAGUACAGGAGGUUCCUGGUUCAAAACCCUCCUGCUCUCAUCUGGACUGCACAUCUAGUACAGGAGGUUCCUGGUUCAAAACCCUCCUGCUCUCAUCUGGACUGCAGAUCUAAUGCAGGAGGUUACUGGUUCAAAACCCUCCUGCUCUCAUCUGGACUCUAGUAGCAGAUCUAGUACAGGAGGUUCCUGGUUCAAAACCCUCCUGCUCUCAUCUGGACUGCAGAUCUAAUGCAGGAGGUUACUGGUUCAAAACCCUCCUGCUCUCAUCUGGACUCUAGUAGCAGAUCUAGUACAGGAGGUUCCUGGUUCAAAACCCUCCUGCUCUCAUCUGGACUGCAGAUCUAAUGCAGGAGGUUACUGGUUCAAAACCCUCCUGCUCUCAUCUGGACUCUAGUAGCAGAUCUAGUACUGUAAUCAGUGUUGGUUCACAGCUGGACCCUGAAUAACUAGUGCAGGAGGUUACUGGUUCAAACCCUUCCUGCUCUUAAACUGGAAGGAAAGGAAUCAUCUUUUUCAACACACAAUGAGGUGAAUCCUAACUUCAAGUGAAAAUCGGACAUAAGUGGAAGUUCGCAUUCGCUCAAAUCAGUCAAAACUGGAUCUUUUUACAUUUAAUUUAGUACUUUAUUUUUUACAAAAAAGGAAUAUAUUAUGAAGAACCCAAACAGCUCUUACUCUUCUUUUUCUUCUGACCCGCUUCAUUUAUUCUUCACUUUUUGAAGAAUGUGUUUUGUAUCGAGUAAUACUGUGGGAAUUGUAUAUAUCUACAUAUUCUAGAUUGUAUUUUAGAAAUAUGAAAUUGAAAAUGGUUGAAAGUGUUUUGUUUAUUGUUGUUGUUUAUAAAUAGAUACAGUGUAUUUUUUGAGACUAAACCUGGUACUAACCACCAUAUCCUGUAUUUGGUAUCCUGGUCCCAUAGCUUGGUCCCCUGAUCUGCUUGUGCUGUCUUGCUAGCUCCUAUGGUUAUUGUCACCUUAGGAGUUGGCAAGACAACACAACCAGAUCUGGAUCCAGGCUAUGUAUUUGUCUCUCCGUGGUUGAAUGGUGAUGUUGGUGGGGGGCGAACCAGUUACCUAUGGUUUGUUGUUUUGUCUUUGCUGAGAGAAUUACGUUUUAUGUUUUUACAUAAGAGAUUAUUUGUUUAAUUUAUUUAACUAUAUAGUUGGUAAGUAAUCUAAACAUGCGUUGUGACGGUUGUUGUUCACCCCACUGUGAUUUGUUCGUUCUCUCUCCAGCCUAAGUGCCGGGUCAACACCAGUUUGUUUGAAUGUUCUGUGAAGCAGGAGAGUCAUGAGAUGAGUUUACCUUGUUGUAGCUCACUGACAUUUCAAUGGUGUGGCAUGAGAUUAUGGUAAUAUUUUUUGCUGUACCGUUAAACAAUAAAAUAUGUAUC